GCCCGCCACCCCCGCCCGCACCCACACCCCCACCCACACACCCACCCACACCCACACCCACACCCACACCCACACCCACACCCACACUCACACCCACACCGUGUUCGAAGUUUCUACAUACAGCUAAUUAUAUUAAUGAAGGGUAAGAUAAAUAAUUUACUUGUAUUUAAAAAAUUCUUUAAAAAAAUUUUAGAAAAUUCUAUGAUGAAGAAGAAUUAAUGAAAAUAAUACUUGACCACAUUGAUACAAGUCUUGAUGAUUAUCAACAAAAACAAGGUGAUAGUAAAGAUGUUAAAGUUCCUGGUGGUGGUCAAGCUGCUGGUAGUGUUGAAGUUCCUGGUGAUGAUAAAGGUGUUAAAUGUUUAAAACCUGAUACAAGUUUUAAAGGUGAUGAUAAUAAUACAAAUGCUAAAGGUUUAACAACUGAUACAAGUGCUCAUCAUGGUGAUUAA